ACAUAACAUUAUAACAUACAUUUCAUUCAUUAUUAAUUAUCAUCAUUUGUAUCUUCCAUUCCCUAUCUCAAAAGCAACUCUCAAUUUCCCUUUCUCACCUCACCUCUCUCACCCCACCAAAACAAAAUUUCCACCUAAAACAAACAAAACAUAUUCAUAUAUUGAUUUUGAUUUAUAUAUAUAUGUAUAGUGUGUGUGAGUGGGUGUGUAUAUAGAGUGUAUAUAGAUAGAUAUUGGAUAUGGGUUUUUGUGGGAAACAAGAUGGAAGAAGAUUAUAGAAGAAAAAACUGAUCUUGUAUAUUUAUUAUUGUUGGGUGUGGGUUUUUCUUUCUAGAGACAAAAGUUUGAAUUGAAGAAGAAAAAAAUGCCGAUAAAGAGUAUAAUACAUGAUAUGAGGAUGUCAAGGUCGCAGAGGGUAGUGCAGGACGUGUCGUCAGCUGCGGCGGCGGUGGUGGAUGGGUUGAGCCAGAGUUGUUGGGCGAAUAUGCCUCAGGAGCUACUUAGAGAGGUGCUUAUGAGAAUUGAAGCGUCUGAGACCGCCUGGCCUCCGAGAAAGAACGUCGUCGCCUGUGCCGGAGUUUGCCGGAGCUGGAGACUGAUUACUAAGGAGAUCGUUAAGACUCCUGAACUUUCUGGAACCUUGACCUUUCCCAUCUCUGUUAAACAGCCUGGUCCGAGGGAUUGUCUUGUCAAAUGCUUUAUAAAACGAAUCCGUUCUACCCAAACUUAUCUCCUUUUUCUCAGUCUGACUAAUGCACUAGCUGAUGAUGGAAAAUUUCUCCUUGCCGCCCGCAAGUGUAGGCGUGCCACUUGCACAGAUUAUGUCAUCUCGCUGCAUGGUGAUGACAUGUCAAAGGGAAGCAGUGCAUACAUUGGGAAACUAAGGUCAAAUUUUCUGGGGACCAAGUUUACAAUCUUUGAUGGGCAGCCUCCUCAUGCAGGAGCUAAGAUUUCGAAGAGUCGCUCCACUAAGCUGGUGAAUUUGAAACAAGUGUCACCUCGAGUUCCUGCAGGCAACUACCCUGUGGCUCACAUAUCAUACGAGUUAAAUGUGUUGGGUUCUAGGGGUCCAAGGAGAAUGCAGUGUAUCAUGAACGCCAUUCCUUCCUCUGCAAUCGGGCCUGGUGGUGUUGCCCCCACGCAGAGUGAUUUUUCCGUUAGCAGUUCAGAUUCCUUUCCUUCACUCUCAUUUUUCCGUUCAAAAUCCAAUCACGUAGAAAAUUUCACAUCAGGGCCUAUGGCCAGUCAAAAAGAUGGAGUUAUGGUAUUAAAGAAUAAGUCUCCUAGAUGGCACGAGCAGCUCCAGUGUUGGUGCUUGAACUUUCACGGACGAGUAACAGUUGCUUCAGUGAAAAACUUUCAAUUGGUGGCCUCUCCAGAGAAUGGAACUCCAGGGCCGGAACAUGAGAAGAUCAUCCUCCAGUUUGGAAAAGUUGAGAAAGACUUAUUUACCAUGGAUUACCGAUACCCAAUAUCAGCUUUUCAAGCAUUUGCUAUUUGCCUCAGCAGCUUUGACACCAAGAUAGCUUGCGAAUGAAAAAGCAUGCAAUUCUUGUCAGGAUCAGCAAAGUUUGGUGGUUAUGAGAAAUAGGCUGCUAGCUUAUUUUUGGCCAGAUUAAACUUUGAUGUUUUGCCUAUAUUUCAUGGGAAGAGUUACAUGAAACGAAAGUGGAUUCGAGAGACUAGGGAACAUAAUCAUCUACAUCAUCUGUUGUAAAUUUUUAGCUUUUGUUUUUGUACAUAGUAACUCUAUAUUUCAAUAUAAAGAAAUUUGGCUUUGCA